UAAAGUGGCUGAAGAAGCUAACGUGCUUCUUGUGACCUAGCCAGUUAUUCCUCUUGUCUAGCUGUUCUUGGAUUGCAGAGGCUGAAAUCAUGCCUGUCUUCACAAUCAUGGAAACAAUGUCAGUUCUGCGGUAUUUGACGCGGUAAUUUAGGAGCACAUAACUUGCAUAGCUAGUUGCAAAUAUGGAUGUUUGCUUUCGGAACUAGCUGUCCUAGCUAGUUUGUGUUAGCUGCUUUGCGCAAGGCCGCUAGAUCUCUCAAGGUGCAAUCAUCCAUCAGAACUACCAUCAUGACUCGUGAUAUCGUGAUUGGAGACGAACUGCCUGACUGGGCAGGAGCAAAGGAGUUUUACCAGAAGUAUGAUCCCAAGGAAGUGAUUGGCAGGGGUGUCAGCAGUGUGGUGCGCCGGUGCAUCCGCAAGCAGACGGGGCAGGAGCUGGCUGUGAAAAUCAUUGAGAUCACUGCUGAGAAGAUGACUGAACAGCAGCUGGAUGAAGUGAAAAAUUCCACGCUGAAGGAGAUCCACGUUCUUAACUUAAUCAAAGGACACCCUUCUAUCAUUACUUUGAUUGAUUCCUAUGAGUCAGCGACCUUCAUAUUUCUAGUAUUUGACCUUAUGAGAAGAGGAGAGCUGUUUGACUAUCUGACUGAAAAAGUGACCCUUAGUGAGAAAGAAACCAGGAGUAUGAUGCGCGCUCUGCUGGAGGCUGUGGAGUAUCUCCAUUCGCUCAAUAUCAUCCACCGAGACUUGAAACCGGAAAACAUCCUCCUGGAUGAUCAAGGGCACAUCAAACUCUCCGACUUUGGCUUCUCAGUGCAGCUACAACCCUCCGAGCAGCUCAGAGAGCUCUGUGGGACCCCUGGUUACCUGGCCCCUGAAAUACUGAAAUGUUCCAUGGAUGAGACCCACCCUGGAUACGGGAAGGAAGUUGACCUCUGGGCUUGUGGUGUGAUCCUGUUUACGUUGCUGGCAGGGUCCCCGCCCUUCUGGCACCGCAAGCAGAUGCUGAUGCUGCGGAUGAUCAUGGAGGGCCGCUAUCAGUUCACAUCACCUGAGUGGGAUGACCGCUCUGAUACUGUGAAGGAUCUGAUCUCCAGGUUGCUGGUUGUGGACCCCAUACAGCGGCUGACAGCAGAGCAGGCUUUGGCUCACCCAUUCUUUUGCCUGUACCAGAAAGAUGUGCGGCUCUUUAGCCCUAGGAAAACUUUUAGGGUUCUGAUCUUGACCGUGCUGGCCGCCAUCCGCAUCCGAUUCCGCUACGUGCGCAGCAGGCCCGUGACACGCGACAUCAUGGCCAGGGACCCAUACUCGCUGCGGGGCGUGCGUAAGCUCAUUGACGGCUGUGCCUUCCGCAUCUACGGCCACUGGGUGAAGAAGGGCGAGCAGCAGAACCGCGCCGCCCUCUUCCAGAACACCGCUAAGAUCGUCCUGAUUGGGCUCGAGGAUUUUGAAACUUGAAAGGGCAAAGGUUAAAAGCUACAGUCCAACAACCCCACUCCCUCCGCCCAUAGCAACCCCACGCACAACACUGUAUUGUACUGCAUCAUGUCAUUUAAUAUUUUUAAUAUCAGGUCAUUAUUGGUUUUGUUUGUUAACAUAAUUGUUUUUAUGUGUGGUUUGGAUUCAUUGAUUCAGGAGUAGCCACCCUGCCAUCUUAGAGAGCAGUGGUGAGGUUUCUUUGCACCUCUGCACUUUACUUGUCAACUAAGAGAAGAGAUUGGUCUGAAAGUAAGGUGAUCUUAAUGUGCGAGGCUAUAGACACUGUGAAUUGUUAUCUUAAGAGUGCCUCAAUUGAAAGACCCCAUGCACUAUACCUUUCAAGGUUUAGGGUGGUCUACUUCUGUCAUGUGUGUUUAAAUCUGCAGGGGAAGCAGAGAUUCUGUGUUGGUUCAUGCAUUCAUUCCCCAGCUUUUUACUGAUAACCAUUUAGCUACCAUUCCUUCACACAUAAUGCAAAGGAUUUAUCUGAUGUUCUACCUUUGCUGUCCAUAUUUUCUUCCCAUCCUACUUUUAAUCUUGAUCUUUAUUAGAAUGUCUACAUCAAAGUUCAUUCCAUCUGUAAAGGGGAUCCAGACCUAAAGCAUAUUUGGCAUUCCCACUUGGUCAAAAACAAACCGGAACCGGGACCUUAAUGCAAAAAACAAUGUUACUGUACAAUUAUUGUUUAAUUUUUAAUCUGUUUGUUACGUCCUAAAUGAAGAACAUACAAGGUU